AGUGGAGAGAGCAACAGACGUCCAAAUCGGCGACCCGGAGAGAUGAAGAAAAGGUCUUUGGGAUGCGGAGGAAAGGAAGAGUUCCUCUGCAGCGGUUGCUCAGUCACCGAAUCGUAAAAUAGGACUGAAUGAGCCGAUAUGGUUAAGACUGGAUAUAUAUAUAGGCCUAUAUAUAUAUAUAAAAAAGCAGAUGGUUUUUGAAUAAUAGUGUGAAAGUCUGUGCAUUCCAUCGUGACAUAUAUAUAUAUAGCCUAUAUGAAGAACAACGCAUAACACUACUGCUGUAAGCUGAUCGUUGCGGGAAGAUUUUGCUCACUGCUUCAAAAAGAAUUCUUGCAGAUCUUCAACGUGGAUCCACUGCACCAAUCGAGAUUUUAAGGUAUGGAAUAUGGACCACACUUCAGCACCAAAAUGAGAAGUCUGUGGGUUGGUGUUGUGUUCAUGACUUUCACCUACCAUUUAAGCCUCUCCCAGUCUACUACAGAGACUCCUAAAGAGUCAGAGCUUAAUGAUAACAUCACAGUGUUCACGCGGAUCUUGGAUGGAUUGCUGGAUGGCUAUGAUAACAGACUUCGACCUGGGCUGGGAGAGAAAGUGACAGAAAUUAAGACCAACAUCUUUGUUACCAGCUUUGGUCCAGUGUCAGAUACAGAAAUGGAGUACACUAUUGAUGUAUUUUUCCGUCAAAGCUGGAAAGACGAACGUUUGCGAUUUAAGGGGCCAAUGGAAAUGCUACCUCUGAAUAACCUCCUGGCCAGCAACAUCUGGACCCCAGAUACCUUUUUCCUUAAUGGCAAAAAAUCCAUCGCUCACAACAUGACCACGCCUAACAAGCUUUUAAGACUGAAAGAUGAUGGGACAUUGCUGUACACCAUGAGACUGACUAUAUCAGCAGAGUGUCCCAUGCAGCUGGAGGAUUUCCCUAUGGAUGCUCAUGCUUGCCCUCUCAAAUUUGGCAGCUAUGCCUACCCUAUCUCUGAAGUGGUGUAUAAGUGGACUCAAGGCCCAGCUAAGUCUGUGGUUGUGGCGGAGGAGGGGUCACGCCUCAACCAGUACCAUCUGAUUGGCCAGACGGCUGGUACAGAGGACAUCAGCACAAGUAGAGGUCAAUACACAGUCAUGAUGGCCCAUUUCUACCUGAAGAGGAAGAUUGGUUACUUUGUGAUUCAGACAUACAUGCCCUGCUUUAUGACUGUCAUCCUGUCCCAAGUCUCUUUCUGGCUGAACCGUGAAUCUGUCCCUGCCAGGACUGUCUUCGGUGUGACCACAGUGUUGACCAUGACCACCCUCAGCAUCAGCGCUCGCAACUCUCUACCCAAAGUGGCAUAUGCUACAGCCAUGGACUGGUUCAUCGCUGUUUGCUAUGCCUUUGUGUUCUCAGCACUCAUUGAGUUUGCAACAGUCAACUACUUUACCAAACGCAGCUGGGCAUGGGAUGGAAAGAAGGCCUUGGAGGCCCAGCAGCCCAAAAAAAAAGACCCAUUGGCACUCUCCAAGAAGCCAAACAAUGCCUGUUCACCCGGAGUGAACUUCACAAAGGAUGCAGCCAUCUCCACUAUCUCUAACAGCACUGCUGUUCAGUUGAAGAGUGCUGAGAGCAAGCCUGCAAUGGACCCCAAAAAGACCUACAACAGCGUCAGCAAAAUUGACAAGAUGUCCCGGAUAGUGUUCCCUGUCCUUUUUGGGACCUUCAACCUGGUAUACUGGGCCACAUACCUCAACAGGGAACCAGUGAUUAAAGGAGUUGUUUCACCUACAUAAAAUGGAUGACCCCACCAAGCUAAUCCCUUUGCAACCUAUUUUUCUUCAACAUUUUAAUAUUAAAUGACAAAAUGAUCCUGCAAAAAUAAUGCCAAGCCCUUAUUCACUGCACCUCUCACAUCGCUACAGUAUAAAGGGAGUGCUUCUUUCGAAUUUCCCUUCUUAUAUCAUAAAUUGCAUGACCGAUUCCAAGCUCUUUGGGAAUAUUAUUGCCAUAUCUGCCUUGACUUUCUACUUUAUAUUCCCCUGUACUAGGAUUUCAUUGGUUAUUUUAUUCAUCUUACAAUGAAAUGAGCUCAACACUGGCUGCCAUUUCAUUCAUGAAAAGUUUCCAAAGGACUUUCCAAAGGAAAAAAUUAUGCAUUUGGCAUCAACAAAUAUCACCGAAUCAAAAAAGAUUUACGAAAAAAGUACAGCAAGGCCAAAUGCUAUGCAAAACCACAAUUUUCUACAAUAUUGUAAUCAGUAAUUGCUUACAACGAAACCCUUGCUUUAUAUGAAUGAAAUUCUAUAAGUUUAGUAGCUUUAGCAUAAGUGUAUAUUUAGGCACAGAGAUAGCCAUGCUAAAUUUGUUGCCUUCAGUGGGAUAACUUAACACUGAGUGCACUGGAAUUUCCUGCAAAUACUUUAAACGACAAGUCGUAUUCUGCUUUCAUUUGUAAUAUUUUUCUUGGCUUUUUUUUACUAACUAUAUAGCAUUGUGCACCCUAGAGGCAGCUUUUCACACUUUAGUCCAAGACAUUCUGCAAAGUGAACAAGGUCGGGUUGCGGCUAAGAAUUUCAAAUAAUUUGUACAUAGCUUGUGUAUGCUUUGCUUUAAUGUAAAUGUGGCUUACCAUUAGCGCGGAAGAGCUGAAAAUGGUUCUGCUAUGCUAUCUAAUGUGCAGCCAAAGCAACAUAAAUGCGGACUAGCUCACUGGAAAUGCAGAUUGUCUUUUGAAAUAUAAUAUGCUUUGACAGAAUAUGGCAUUUCUUUACUGUUAAUGGUUUUUAACUUAUUCAAAAUUUAUUUUCAUGCUGUUUAGGCAAAAUACAUUUUCUUACUUUUCUCUGUGCUGUAAAUUGCUCUGUGGGGUUUGAUUACCUGGUUCUAGAAGAGAAGAGAUUGAAUGUUGACACCUAGUAACAGUUCAUUUUUCUUUACAUUGUAUUGUGGACUAAUCUAAGUGAAAACAUUAGGUUAAAAGUACUGAAAAACAAUAUGAAAGAAACACUUAGGCCUACACAUAGAAUAAAUGCCCAAGGUUAUACUAAAUGGACCUUUAUUUAGAUUCUAAAAAUGUCAAGACAUAAUAUAGAAAAAAGACAUCGAGAAAGAAAUAGGCCAAAUGGAAUAAGAAGACCGAUGUUUCAGAGAUGGGAGUUGCUGUUGUCAAGCAUGUGAACACAAAGCUUGUUGAAGGUGAAAUGUCACACCAACAUACCAUCUCUCCAGUCUUCAACUGUAAUGCAUGGGUACUUAUUUUAUGGAAAAUAUGUAGAAAAGGACAGUGACCUUGUAGUGCAAAAGAGAAAUUUGGAAAGACUCGGUUAUCAUCCUUUAUACAAAGGGUCUGUUAAAUGCUUGAUUCUGAUUGGUUCACGGGCGCUCCCUCGUCUCCCCCGUACUUACACAUGCUCACACACACACACACACACACACACACACACACACACACACACACACACACACACACACACACA